UGAUGGGAGGUAGGACGGGAAUGACGGCAGGGGUGAAAUGGUGUUGGUAGAGCUUCCUGCUGAUCUUGAGUUUGGGUGUGAGGUUGUUGGAGUUGCAUGUAUACUGGAUUGUUCCUUGAUGAGGUUUUCUGGUGCAGCACAGCCAGACCUGUAUCGAAGUGGAUCUUCAUCACCAGGACCACCUGCUGGUGCAGAGGACAAUCUACAAGAGGAUCCCUCCGCCUGGACGACGACGCCAAGGAUACGGCUGUCGGACCAUCAACAGGAGGACCCCUCUGCUGGUGUGGAAGAUGACCUGGACAACGACGCCAAGGAUACCACGGCCAGACCAUCAACAGGAGGACCCCUCUGCUGGAGUGGAGGAUGACCUGGACGACGACGCCAAGGAUACCACGGCCGGACCAUGGACAGGAGUACCCCUCCGCUGGAGUGGAGGAUGACCUUGAUGGCAAACCCCAAGGAUUCCACGGCUGGACCAUCAACAGGAGGUAUCUGUCUGUGAAGUAAUGUGUCUUGGAAGAUUAUUUGCUUAUUAGUUUAAUAAAAUUAGAAGAAUAUCUAGCUAUACGACUGAAUUAAAUGUACAUUUAUUAUUUGUCUAAUUCAGAUAAAACCAGAUAAUGAUAAAAUGUAUUUUGAGACAAAUUUUUAUAAAUGACAUUUCGUCCUUUUAAACCAGCCGUAAACUAUUUUAUUAUGGCUCUUUUUAUUUGAUAAAACAAAAAAAAGCAUUAUUUAUGAAGGAGGAUAUUCCUAAUUGACACAUGCCUUCAUCACCAGAACCCCUCUGCAGGAGCGGAGGAUGAUCUGGACGACGACGCCAAGGAUACC